CCAUGUCAUUUUGAAAAAGUUGGCAGUGCAAAGGUUACGCGGAAUUCGGAGUGCGUCGAGUGGAGUGCGCCUUUUAAUUGUGAUCUGAAGGGCAAAGGACAUGAGCAACCAAUCAUAACAGACCAAGAGACGCUGUCAAGGACCCUUCUCUUUGUGGACUGCUCUGGCACCAUUAACUUCAAUAUGUUAUUAUCAAAGAGGACAAAAGGAUAAGUCGCGGCGGCACAUGCGUCUUCAACGAAACGUCAUCUAGGCUAUUUCUCAGAGACACCGCUGUGGAUAGGCUACGCAGUGUCAUGAAAUGUGCGUUCGGCACCGUAGCCUAUGUGAUUCAAAACAUUAGUGUUGGAUCGUAAAUAAGGUCUUUUUGUCCUUUUUAAACGUUUUUAGAGACAAGGAUAUAAUAUCGCAAAAUAUCUUAUCGGGAAUAUAAAUGGACCUGUAGUCACGCUACUACUGACGCUCAACCACGGACCGUUUCAUGGGUUUCUGUCCAACAAUGGGCGAAUGUAACCGGGUUACAUACCCGAACCUCUAGCUUUGGAAUAUUGGUGGCCAUCAUUCAAAGUUCACACAACUCUCAGUAAAAUAGAUGCAACCAAACUGUAUUGAAUUGAACGUGAACGACUGAGAUUGAUUAAAUUUGGCUAUUUGUCAAUAUGCAGGCAUCAUAUGUGUGCACUUGAUUGCCAAGAAUGAUUAGGUCGAUUGAUGGCAUUGGAUUAUAAAUUGUUUUAUUGUAGCCAAAUACAUUGUGCAAUUGUUGAUGAAUUAAGUUACAAUCUCAAGCCACUCAUUUGAGUGUUAGCCUACUCAUUUGCUAUAGACGGAUUCAUAAUGACUUAUUUGUAUAAAUUCAUAUAUUUCACGUUCUUAACAAACGGGAAGGGAAUGCCACCCCGGCUGUCAAUCCAUAACAUGGAACCUAAGGACUGCAGAUUGAAUAUUGAUUGAGUGGAGUGAAAAGAGAAAAGAAAAUCAUCAAUUCAUUUACGGAAAAUUAGGCUUUUUGGAGUUCUGCACAAUGGGGAUUAUGCUUCAAGUUAUUCUAGGAAUGUUUCAGUUCCUCUUGCUCUCCAGAAUACCCACGUCCCAUGCCAAGCUAGCCCACUGGAGACCUGCGGACACCACCCCCAAAUCUAGAGAAGUGCGUCGGUGGUUGGAGGUGUACUCUCGGAGUGGUUGUGAGCCCAGAGAUACCCUGGUGGAGGUGUGGCAGGAGUUGCCGGGAGAGACGCAUCACCUUUUCGUGCCUUCCUGUGUGUCGGUCCGCCGCUGUGAUGGGUGCUGCUCCGACGAGGCACUGGAGUGUGUGCCCUCACUCACACACUCUAUCACCAUGGAGCUAAUGAAGACCUCCUUUAUGAAGCAUGAGCUCAUUGAGCUGGACUUCGUUGAGCACAGCCAGUGUGAGUGCAGACUAAAAGAGAAUCUUCAAUCAGCCCCUACCAGGCCUGCAAAGCCUCUGAGGAAAGGCAGGAAAAGGGAGAGGGGAAAAUCCAAACGAAAGAAAAGUGGAACUAUACCCUCCUCUCCCCCCACUACGCCCUCUCCUCCCCCGACCACCCCAUCUCCCUUGCCAGGCCCUCGAUGUACCCCCUGUCCUGGGAGGAAGUGGACACUCGAUUUGCAUUCGUGUCGGUGUCGCUGCAACGUGACCGCAGAGAACUGCAGUCAGAAAGGGAGGAGACUCAACCAGCACCUCUGCAGAUGUGAGGCCAGGAGGCGGUGAUGCUCUUUCUCUCCGUUGGUUCCAGACUCACUCUCAUCCAUGCUCAUCCACUCUCAUCCAUGCUCAGCAGAAGUCUGGGGAAGAAAGAGGAGUGGAGGAUGUACCCCUAACUCUCCUCUUCCUUGUCCUCCAGAACCACCAAGUCAGUGCAGUAUUACAACGUAAAUAUAUGUACCUGUGUGUAGAGCUGUAUAUGUGUAGUCAGUCUCAUCACACAGCUUCUUCAGGCGCUUAGCUGCUAUCGUCCAAUCAACAUGUAUGUAACACUCUCCUUCACAAGAGUAAAUGAUGGGACCAAAUGUAAAGCACAGUUUAGAUAUCUGGUAACAUGAGGGCGAUGUGAGGUAGUGGGUCGCCAGGACGUUAGUUGUGGACUAGACAGAAUUCAACACUCACACCUCCAAUGUUGUAUGGGACAUUGGGACUUUGGACAUGAAGAGGAUUUGAAGACUGAUCUCUGAUCAGAUUUAACAGAUGUGUUCAUGUUGAGUGUUGUUGUCUUCAUAGACACGGUGGGUCAGUUUUGCCCAUGAACUGCUAUUGGACUGUUUUGCAGAAAGACAAUGGCAACAGACAUAAUGAUCCUGAUAUUGAUACGUGUGUUAUAUUUUGUGUACAGGGAGAACCCGUUAGGAGAAUGAUUCCAGGGUCAAGUCAUUAAAGUGCAGUAAUGAUAUAGAAUAGUGAACGGACACGCAUGCACACAUGUACACACACACAUGUACACACACGCAUGCACACACGUACCAGCUAGUUGUUGUGUGUAUAAAGCCGUCAGGGAUACCCCAUGGACCUAUAGCUAAGUGAGUUGAAUAGCUGCAUAGACUGUAUCUGUGUGGUCUACACACUGAAUGGCACAGAUGGGUUAACCUGCCACCGUUAGUCUCUCUCAUUCACAGCAUAUGGUCACAGGCUGGAUCACUGAGGGAUUUCAAAGGCUGGAUCACUGAGGGGUUUCACAGGCUGGAUCACUGAGGGGUUUCACAGGCUGGAUCACUGAGGGGUUUCACAGGCUGGAUCACUGAGGGGUUUCACAGUCUGGAUCACUGAGGGGUUUCACAGGCUGGAUCACUGAGGGGUUUCACAGUCUGGAUCACUGAGGGGUUUCACAGGCUGGAUCACUGAGGGGUUUCACAGGCUGGAUCACUGAGGGGUUUCACAGGCUGGAUCACUGAGGGGUUUCACAGGCUGGAUCACUGAGGGGUUUCACAGGCUGGAUCACUGAGGGGUUUCACAGGCUGGAUCACUGAGGGGUUUCACAGGCUGGAUCAUUGAGGGGUUUCACAGGCUGGAUCAUUGAGGGGUGUUCUGUCAUCUGUUUGAUUUGGUUUUUGUCUCAAUCUCUCCGCUCCGGAGUGAAAGAGCUGUUCACGCCGACAGGGCAAUGAGGGGAAUGACAAUGAUGGGGCUUGGCUAUGGUCCAAGGGUUCACACACACAUACACACACUUCUGAUUAGAAGUGAAUGCAAUUUAAGAGUCUAAAUAAGUCCAAAUGUUUGUUUCUGUUUAAUUUUCUUUGUAUAAUUUGUUAUAUUUUGGCAUAAUUUUGUACAGUUGACUUAUUAGAUGUUGUAUAUUGUGGAAUGUUUCUUUGUUUUGUUUUUAUUUGUCCAUAAUCCGUCUACAUAAAGAGUUCCUCUGGGUGGCCGACGAAGACCACUAUGUAGACAUCAGGCAUUUAAACAUAUCGCCACCUGUGUAGAAUUUUAAACAGGGAGAGAGUUCUCAAUGGCCACAAAAUAGGACACAAUAUACAUUCUAAUGGGUAACUAAAAUAAUCACCAGAAAAAUGUCUAGCAAAUACCCAUUCCCACUGCAGUAAAAAUAAACCAUUUAGUUCUCUGUCUGUGUGGGAUGCGUAGAGCUGUGGGGUUAGGAUACAGCUACAAUAUUGGUUCGAACCCCAUUCAACACUGAAAAUAGUUCAUUUCUACUUAACAUUGUUCAAGCUUCCAAUCUGUACCUCUUGUUAGCAGUUCUGGAACCCCCCCUAAUGUAAAUCCUGAGCCUGUGUCACAUUCCAAAUGUUAUUCCUCUGACAUUCCUUUUAUAUUGUUAUUUUAUUUCGAACUCAGUCUGAAAAGUCUCUUUUCACUAAGCAAUAAGUAUGGUCUCUGAUUCAGAGACUGAGAUGAGCAUAUGAGUAUUUUAGCUGAAGUUGUAGCAGAUUCCUCUCCAAAAUAUGAGAUAAAACUCUGACAACAUAUCAGCGAUUCGUCUGAACUCUGCCUGUUAACAGAUAUAUAGCUGAGGGAUUUAUGAGCUGUAUGUGAAAAGUGUGUUUGAAUUCAGGCUCUGAGGUUGGUCCUGUGAGGGCAGUCAGACCAGACACAGCUCUACUGAAUUUGCCUCCCCUCCCUAUAGCUGGAAGCAUCUGUGAGCUCCUCUCCUCUGAAUGGUGGCCAAUGAAUGCCAACCCAAAACCCCCGAGGUAUAUUUUGCAAAGCGUCAUUGUCUAGCUGCGUGUUGGUCGACAGGAAACUUGCCAGUUACAGAAAGACACUUCUAGAAGGGACUAAAUGCUCUAUUCAAACAGUACUAUACUACCCAUGUCCAUGACAUAGUCAAAAUGAAUGUGCUGGUUGCUCCUCUUGUCUGCACGCACCCAGUCUUCCCUCAACCACCUUGUUGUAGACCCAUGAGUUUGACAAAGCGAGUCUAGCACAUACCCUAUAUACUGUAGACUGUCCAGGUAGACCUAUUCUAGCCCCCAUGGUCUUAUACUCAGCUAUAGCAGGCAGACCCUGACUAAACAUACAUAAUAAUAUAUUCUGUCUUAUAACAAACCACCAUCUUGUGUAUAAUGUAGAGCAUACUUUAGAAUGUCUUGUAAUUCAUUCCAACUAUACUCCCAUGUUAUACUUUACAAUUACAAAUGCGUUGUGAUGUGUAUAUAUAUCACUGAUACUAUUUAUGCUGCUACACCUUUUGUGCCCAAUCUGAUGCAAGUGUGCAACUGUCUGUACCAUGCAGAGUAGGCCUAAAUUAUGUCUGAUUAAUCAACUAUCUGUACCAUGCAGAGUAGGCCUAUAUUAUGUCUGAUUAAUCAACUGUCUGUACCAUGCAGAGUAGGCCUAUAUUAUGUCUGAUUAAUCAACUGUCUGUACCAUGCAGAGUAGGCCUAUAUUAUGUCUAUGUAAACAAAGCAUACUGUCCUAUUGAAGAUGUUAAUACCACCAGGAAAUGUUCAAAACAACCAUGAUACAAUGUUCCAGAUAUUAUUAAAGGAAACGUCUUAUUUUUCGUAAAA